UGCAUUAGAAGCUGUGGCAGGACUGCGGGGAGGAAGUAACACGCUUGCGCUGACAGGAGAGGCAGGAAGGAGGGAGGAGCAAGCCACAGGCUGGGGGAGGAAGAGGAAGAGAAGGAGGAGGAGGAGGAUGGCAGCAGCUCCGCUGCCACCGCUGGUCACCUUGGUUUGGGCUGGAGUUCUGCUCCUCCCAACAGAGUCCCAUGGCGCUGUCUUUGCUCAGCCCCAGACCCUGCCUUUCUCUUGGAACCUUGGGCAGAUGGCAAGGGCCCUUCAGUUGGACUGGCCACCAGGUUCUCCCAAGGCAGCCCUGCUGGCCCAGGCCCUAGAGCGGCUCCUUGAGGCAGAGGCUGGGUGGCGGGAGACCAAGGCUGAAGCUGCUGCCCUGGCCCAGCUCCUCUUGCACCUGUGGGGAGGCUCCCAUCUUGAGCCUGAGGUCAACAUGGAGGAGACAGUGUCACUUGGUCCCAAGGCCCAGGCCAAGGAUGAGGCAGCAGAUUCCAAGCAGGCACUCCUCAGAUUUGUGAUGAGCCAGCUGUUGGCCAAGAUGUCGGAGACCCAAAUCCCUCCCAUCUUGGUCAGGGGGGAACCAUGGCCCCGGCAACGUCGUCAUUUGCGCCGGGACCUGGGGCCAGGUCCUGCUUCCGUGUCACAUGGGACUGCACUACAGCGCCUGAACCGCCUGGAGGCCUUGGGAGCCAAGGGCAGGGCUCAGGUGCAGUGGGGAGUACCACUUGCUACCACACGCUACUGGCCAGAGUGACAGGGUCUCCAUCCACCCUUGCUUCCUGUCUCUCUCCUCCAUCAUGCAUGUUUAUCCCCAGCCUUGGCACCCAAGCUUAAUAAAAUAGCCUCCUUCGUGCCCCUGCAA